CAUCUAGUCCUCGCUGGAAAACACAGUAAUAAUAAGUGAGGCGCUGCAGGAAACGUGUCUGUGAUGUGCUCUUAUAAGGAGAGUGUGUGUGGUUUGUGUCUGAGUCUGAGGAAGAGAGAUAGAUCCAGCCGAGCUUCACACACACUCCUGCAGCUCCACAGACAGCAGCUCUCAGGAUUCACAGAAGUUCAAAAGAACCGAACAUCAUGCCACGCUUCUUCCUCCUCUUCCUCCUCUUCCUCCUCUUCACGGAGACGAGCAGCAUCUGUCAGAGCGGCAGGAACAAGGACCAUCGGCCCCAGGUCAACUGCACGGGUCAGGGACUGACCGCUGUCCCCGACGGCAUCCCCACGGACACACAGGUCCUGCUUCUGACCGAAAACCUCCUCACUUCUCUGUCCUGGUCCAUGUAUUCUGGAUUCACAGAGCUGCACGAGCUGGACCUGAGCCACAAUCUCAUCAGCACCCUGGAGCCGCCGGGUCCAGUGCUGGAGAAGCUGAGCGUCUUGCGUCUGUCUGGUAACCGGUUGACUGGUUUGGGAGGACAGGUGUUCCGCUGCGCUCCCAGUCUGGAGAAGAUCUACUUAGACAGGAACCAGCUCCGCUCCCUUCACGACGGUACCUUCAGCGAGCUGCCGCGUCUGGAGAUCAUUGACCUGUCUCAGAACCAGCUGCCCGCUCUGCCCUCGCGUCUCCUGGAGCGCGUCUCCUCAGAAGUCCUCACCACCUUCGACCUGGAGAACAACAGCGUCUCAAUGAUGCCCAACGACUUCUUCUCGUCCAAACCCGAUCUGCCUUACGUUUACCUGACCCACAAUCCCUGGCUCUGCAGCUGCUCCGUCUCUUACCUCUACAGCUUCCUGCUCGACCAGGAAGACAACGUCUACAUGCACAACGGGUCCAACGCCAUCGAAUUUGGUGCAAACUCUGUGCUGUGUUCUGGACCAGCUCACCUGCUCAGACGACCCAUUAUUAAGCUGGAUGAGAGCGACUUCUGUCCACCGGAUCCUCCGACCACAGGAGACCAGGAUUUCACAAGCACUCCUGCUCGUCCGGAUUUCAAAACACAACCUGAGUCCACUUCUGAACGCCCAGAUAUCCGGUCCCCUUCUUCACCUCCAGAUCCUGAACCCACAUCCUUAUCUCGGCCCCUUGCCGAUCUUCCAACAGUCUCGGUUAAACCAGUUUCCGUCACUCAAGCGCCGACCGCUCCGUAUCACUCCACUGUAGACACCCAGCUGCUCGAUUCCACCAAAUCCUGGACCUCCUUUGAAACGUAUUGGGUCACCUGGACCUGGACCAGGGUCUGGUAUCAAUCCUGGACGGAGUAUUUAACCUUGACUCCAACGGCCAAUCCGUUUCGUCCCUCUGAAGGCACCACAGAACCAAGCACCUGGAAGACCGCCACGUCCCGACCCGCAACCACCUCGGAGUCAUCAUCCACCGCUGCAGUCACAACCAGAUCCCAACGACAAGAGACCGAUCCAGCGGCUUUCAACACCGGGGCAGGGGCUCGGGAAGCGUCCGGACGCCUGCUGCCCUGGUGCUGGUGGCUGUUCGCCGGUUUCCUGUUCCUGUGCCUACUUUCUGCUCUCACUUCCUGUUUCCUGUUCCUCUGGCUCCUCAGAAGCUACCUCGUGGUGUACCGGCGGCUCAAGCGGCACGCCUCGUCCUCUCGGGUCACCCUGCGGGCGUACAGGCGCUCCCCGGACACCCUGGGACCGGAGAACGAGGCCGAGAGCGCCAGCUUCUUACCUCCGGAGCAGAUCCGAGCGGACCGAGCCGUCUUCAGGAGCGUCCUCUUCAUCUCCAGAGACGAGCAGCCGCCGGAGGAGAGCCAAGACGUCUCUUCUGUAGCCGAGCCGGCGAGAGAUAAGCAGAGAGUCUUCAGGAAGACGCUGCACAGAGCGAUUAGCGCCGGAGAGGAAGCAGCCGGCUGGACGGAGGAAGAGGAGACCGCCAGAUACAGCCUGGUCCUGACGGAGGAGAGAGGUCUUCAGAUGGGGAGGAGCUGGCUGGUGGGAGAGUGGCAGAUGGCCGGUGGGGGCGUGGCCUGUGAGAGGCUCUGCUCUCUGAUUGGCCAGUCCUCCGAGAGAACCACUGAUGGACAGGGUUUGGUCUCUUCCAUCAGUCCCACGCUUCAAAGCCAAUAAAGCUCUUCUCAACUGGAAACAAUGGCGUGGUUACUUGUUAGUAGUGGUCUGUUCGGUUAGGGUUAGUAGAUUAAGUUGUUUGACAUGGAGACACUAAGUGACUUUUACUCCAUCAAAACAAAGCAUUUAUUUUAAAGUCGCUAGAAGUUAUCCUGACUCUUUCAGUUUGAUUCAGCAGAUCAGACGGUAUUUUUUACUAUAGAAUUAAUCUAUAAAUAUAAUAAGUUUAUAAUUCACUGCAGCGUGCUCCAUGUUUAUACUACAGUACAAACGGUUCCUGUUUUCCUCUUUUGUACUGAUUUUAAUGAACAUCCAGAAUAUUUCUCUCACUGAAGAAACGCUGAUGUUUGGCUUGCUUUAGAAAACUCCUAAAGUCUUGCUGGUUUUGUGUCGAAGUGAGAAAAGAAUUGAUGUAAAGGGUCAGAUGUGUUCAAUGAUCCUCAGUUUAUUCAGACGCUGAAGAGUCCUGGAAGAGUCACACAAGUAUUAGUGAGUGGGAAAAACUGAUGAAGAGCUCAACUGGACCUUCAAAAUAAAGUGUAACCAAUAGAAUUGGAAAACACGAAAAUAAUAUAGAAGACAUGACUUAAUGAGUUUACCAGCUUCAAGCCAUUGAUCAAUUGCUUUAAAUACAUAAAACUCUUAUUAAGCUGAUAACUAAAUCACCGGGGCUUAUAUAUGUGUGUGAGUCACGUUCAUAUUUCAACUGGGUUUUAUGAAUAUCAUGCUUCAACAUUUUAAAAAAAUUUUAUGAGAUUCAUGUAAAUUCUCCCUCAUUUUCACACAAUUCUUGGUCAAAAUAAAUGUUAACGGUGCAACUUUCAUAAAACUCAACUUCAGCUGUAAAGCAGCUCCAUGAAGAAGAAGUCGUUAUUCAGAUCAAUCCACAAACAUUACAGUGUUUUUCAUUCGCUUCUGCUCCCCUCAGGUUAACAUCUAGAUGUCUGGAGCACAGAAGCAGUCUUCAGCUCAGCUGCAUUUGCAGAAAUAUAAUAAUCAACAUGACGUGUUUCUCUUUUAUCAAAAAUCAUUAGGAUAUUAAACAAAGAUCAGGUUCCAUGAAGAUACUUUCUACCGUAAAUCUCUCAAAACUUCAUUUCUCAUUGGUAAUAUU